GAGAAAGGAAAAAGGAGCCCGGCUGCUGGGAGGUGACGGCCUCUGAGGGCGAGAGCUAUGAAUGAAGCAGCCCUCCCUGUCCCCCUCACCCUGCUAGUCCUCCUCCUCUUCCUCCUCCUCCAAGGCCAGAGCAGCUGGGGGGCGCCGAGGGAAGGCGAGAACCCCCUGCGGAUCACGCCCGCGUGGCCCGUGGUCCCGGCCGGAGGCUCCAUCAAGCUGAACUGCUCUCUGACCUGCUCCAAGGAGGCGACCGUGCAGUGGAAGGGGCUGGACACCAGCCUGGGCCACGUCUCCUCCGUGCCGGGUCUCAGCGUCCUGACCAUCCCCGAGGCCACACUCUCCAUGGCGGGGAGGAAGGUGUGCAUCAGCACCUGCCAGGACACCACCUACCAGGACUCGGUGGAGCUGCUGGUGUACGCCUUUCCCGACAAAGUGGAAGUGUCCCCGAGCAUCCUGGUCCCUGGGCAAGGGGCCACCCUGGUCUGCUCGGCCCGAGAGGUCUCCCCUUACGACAAGCUGAACUUCACAUGGUAUCGGGGCGAUGAGAAGCUGGAGGGCCUGUGGGCCCUGGACGACGACCUGGGGCCUGAGCAGGAAGCGGAGACCGGGGAGGAGCUGGAGGUGUUCUGGGUCACAAAACGCUGGGUCCUGCCCGCAGAGCUGGUGACCCUCGGACCCGAGUUCCGCUGCCUGGUAGAGAUGGAUCUGGGGCAUCAGGCUCUCAGCCACAGCCGGGCCAUAGCUGUUACUUCCAGGAUGACAUCCCCAGCACCCAGCACCCUUCUGCCAACCACCACCACUGUGGGGCCGGCUCCGCCCUCCUCAGUUGCCUCUACGGUACAAGGUUAUAGCUCUGGGCCCCCUGACCCCACAGCUUCCUCCCUGACGCGGGGCCCCGGGUCUUCACUGCCCCUCACUUCAAACCCCAGCUCCGGCGAUCCUUGCCUCCCCAAAAUAUUCCUGUCCCCGGUGCCAGGGGCCGGUGGGGGGACCUUGGAGCUGACGUGCCAGGCGUGUGAACCUGGGACGUCUGUGCACUGGAUUCGGGCUCCGGGAAGGCUGGCAGACUACCAGGGAGAGGAGGCAGGGGCCCGGGCUACCCUAAUCCUGCAUCCAGGGCCCCGGAACUGGGGCAUGUACCAGUGCCAAGUGGAACCUGGGAGCCAAAAGACUAGUUGUUACCUAGACAAGGAGCUCUUGCCCGAGAUGGAUGGCGGGAACAGCUCAGCGGCCCUCUGGACAGGCGGCGGCCUGCUGGGCUUGAUCCUUGUGGCCUUUGUGGCUUACCGCCUGUGGAGGUGGCUCAGGGCCCAGGGCACCCCAGAGGCCGCCCGGCCCUGAACGCGUGCGCUCUGCCUCAGCCUGGCCAAACCUACGGCCCUCCUUCCCACCGGCUCCAGGGCCGGUGAUCCCUGCUCCCUGCGAGGGCCGCCGUGAACGGGGCGAGCCCCCAG